AUGGCCUAGAGUAUUAUAGUGGGAGCUAUUAAGAUAAAAGAUGGUUUAUUCAUAGGAGAUGAGUAUGCAUCACAAGUAACCUAUUUUUGUUAUAAAGGAUCGAGAAUUCAUUGUUAAUAACAAAGUAACUCAUAUUAUUAAUUGUUCUGGUACAGAAGUACAAAACAAAUGGAAUACAAUGAAUAUCAAAUAUCUUACAUUCAAUUGGUUAGAAUAAGAUAAUGAAGUAAAACAUUCCUAUAAAAAGGUCUUAUUUGAUGAAAAAAAUGAAAAUGUAAAUAAAAUUUAUGCAUUCAUCGAAGAGUGCUUUCAAUAAGGGGAAAGUUGUUUAGUUCAUUCACUCAGAGGCUAAAGUAGAGCCUGUUGUGUAUUGGCAGCCUACUUCAUGAAAAAGUUCAUUAAUAUUAUUUACAUUAUAAGGUAUUCAUGGACCCUCUACAAAACACUUGAAUAUCUAAAUUCUCGAAGACCAGAUCUUGAAAUAAGAGCUUCCUUCUUUUAUUAACUAAAUGCACUAGAAUCUAAAAUGAAUAAGUCAGGACCUAAGAGAACUGCUUCUUGGAAUGAAUUAACUUAGGAUGAAAAGAAUCCACAAUAACUCUAAGAAGAAUUAAUUAUAAGAAAUACAUUCCUUAAUUCACAAAAUGGACCAGUUGAUGAUAUAUAUACCAAUUUACAAUCCAAAUUAGUAAAAGUUUGAAUCACAUUAUAGCAUGUAUUAGGAAAAGUUUAUAAUCAGAAAAUAAAAUGGAAAGAUUAAAUAAACAAAGAAAACAUCUAAUUAGCCACUUUAGUCUAUUGUGGAUCUCCAGAUUUUGUACCUACUUCUGAAAUUAUUCUGAAAGAAGAUUCUGAUUGUCAAUCCAUUUUAAGAGUAAGUUAAUAAUAAUCAUUAGGGAGUAUAAAAAACUUCAUUAAAAUAACCUGCAAAAUAGCAAUAAAUUUAACAUAAUAUCUAAAAAUGUUCUAAUUAACAUAAGUAAACUAUUAAACAACUUUAAUAAGAGGAUUGUGAUUCAUUUAAAUAAAAUGCUUAAAUGAGUAAUAAUUAAUCAUUUUAAAAUUUAUUAAUGCAUUGUGCAUAAAAAUAAAAAUAAAAUUAACAAUUGGAAAAAAAGACUCCACUAAUAUCAUAAGAGUAGAUAAAUAGUCCUUAAUUCCUUAAUUAAACAAGUGGACUAAGAAGUACAUCCUUAUAAUAAAAUGAUGAAAAAAAAAAUUAAAUUGAUGUUACCAACAAUCGUCCAAGUUCUGUCAAAUAAAAGGAUACUUCUCCAUCAAUCUUAACUAACUUUUAAGAAUUUAAAAAUUAAGUUUAAUAAUCAUUACAUUAUUUUAAUUAACAAUCUGAAGCUAUUUUUAAUAAAGAUAAACAUUUAAUGAAUGUUAUUUAAUAAUAAUAGUAAUAGUAAUAAUAAUAAUAAUAAUAAUAAUAAUAAUAAUAAUAAUAAUAAUAAUAAUAAUAAUUAUUAUUAUUAUCUUUAUAGCCAUAAUAACAAUAAUUAUCUUAAUAGUCAUAAUAAUAAUUAUAAUAAUAACCUAUAUAAAAUAAUAUCUAAAAUCUUACUUAAUAAAAUGAUUCAAAAUUGUAAAUACCUUAAGGAAACUAAUCAUUUUUAGCUUCUUAAUAAAAAACUAAAUUAGAUUAAUUAAUUAGCCCAACAUUUAUUUCUACUAUGAGUUCAGCAAAACAUUUUGAAAUUUAAAAAACUUUAACAUAAUCAAUAUCAUAAUUAUAAUCAAGUUACUAAAAAUUUUAAUAAUUAUAAAUGAAAAAUUAAAUGAUGAAAUCUUCCUAAUCCACCUCUCAAAUUUAAUAAUAAAAUAACAAUAAAAAUCAAGCAGAACUAAGUACUACUAAUAUAACAAAUACAUCUAAAAUUUAAGAUAGAAGCAUUUCCCAUAUAAAAAAAGGAGAAGAAUUAGAUAGUAAAAAUAGACCAAAUAGUGCCGAAAUUAAGGAUUAAUAUAAAAGCAAUAGCACUUAAAAGAAAGAGAGUUUAUCUCCAUUUCAAAAAGAUCCGAUUAAGAAAAUGCAAUAAUUUGGACCUCCUUUGCCUUAAUCAAACUCUUAGAUUUAUCUUAGAAAUGUUUAAUGUAGAAGAUAAGCUGCAUCCACAUUAAGGAAUUAAUAAAAGCCAAAUAAUUCCUUUUAAGACAAAUAUUUAAAUCAAAGUGCUAAUUAAGUAUAGAAUAAUAGUAGUUUUAACAACAAUAGUAAUUCAAAUAUAGACACAGAUUCAAAGAUGCAGUAAAAAGCAGCUUAGGGAUUGGUUUCUGAUGUUAAUCAUCUCAAAAAAUUAAUAUCACCAUAAUGUCUGACAAAAAGUUAAGCAUAAUUUUUAAAAAAUCAACCAAUAAAGGUUCUAUAAGAAUUGACAGAAAAAACUUAGAGCAUUAAAUAGAUGUAUUUGUUAUUGAUUUAAGCUUAUUAGUAAAGGAAAAGAGAGUAUUUAAUCUGCAGGUCACACUUUAAUGUAAAAAGCAUAAACUGGAAAUACAAAAACAUUGUCACCAGCAAUUAAAAGUAUUUAUUAUUUAGUAUGAAUUUAAUUAAGAUGAUGAAAAAUAUAAAAAUAGUAAUGUUUGCAAUCCCUAGAACUUGAGACAAAAGAUAAGAAAUUCAUCACCUGGUAAAUAUUUAAUUAAUUUUAGGUUUAAACAAGGACUAAGUGAGUUCAAGUUCCUUUUCGUAUUCAAAUACAAAUACUACUUUACCAGGUAAAAAUAAUUGGAAAAUGCUUUGA